UUGGAAAACAUGACGUGCAGAAGUCGCGUGUAAGUCAGUUUGACGUACUGUGUACACAGGCAUGUGAUAUAAUAAUGAAACGGUUAUUUGACACUGUGUCGUUAAACCGAAGAAAUCUAGCUAACAAAUUCUCAAACAUGAGAUGAACGACGUGGGUUUGAAUGGAAAGAUUCAUCGUCAGCUACAUAAUCCUUGUGAACUAUCGCGAUGCUAUAACCUGCCCGCGUAGCGACGGAUAAAAUUGAACGAAAAGAAUCACGACAAGAAGAAUAAUAAUCAUAUGUUAUUCUAACGAUUAUUAUUAUUAUUAUCAUCACCGUUGUUAUUACUAUACGGUUGUAAAUUUCUUACGGAACUCUUUACUACCGCACGUGGUGAAAGUCUUUGGAUAACCCAGUUCGACGAUAACAUAUAUGUCAUACGCGUAUCGCAGUUAGAAGAGAAGCUAAUAACGAUGGCUGAGAAAACCGAUAAACUCAGGUUUUAUUUCGUCACUUGGAACGUCGCUACGAAAUAUCCCGAACAAGACCUGCACCAACUGCUAGGAAUCGGACACAAGAAUGCAAAAGAAUUACCAGACUUCUAUGUUGUAGGUUUGCAGGAGGUAAAGGCUCAGCCUCAGAAUAUGGUAAUGGGCAUGUUUACCGAUGAUCCCUGGACCAAAUCUCUCAGGGAAACACUCAAGGAACAUGACUAUAUCAAAGUGCGUAAUCAGCGCUUGCAAGGUCUUGUUUUAAACAUUUUCUGCCAGAGACAACAUCUCACUCAUCUGCGGCUUAUAGAGGCCCAGUUUACAAGGACGGGGUUCGGCGGCAUGUGGGGUAACAAGGGUGCCGUUAGUGUGAGAUUGAACAUUUACGGAGUCAGUAUCUGCGUGGUAAAUUCGCACCUAACGCCUCACGAUCAUCUUCUGGCGGAAAGAAUUUCUGAUUACAACGUGAUCCUGAAUCAGCAUUCGUUCAGCGCGAAAGACACCAGCAAUAUAUUCUAUCAUGACUAUGUGUUUUGGAUAGGAGAUUUAAACUUCCGACUGGAUGGCGAGGAACUAUCGGCAGAGGAGAUCGAUUUACUGGUUAAAAAGAAUCAGCUUGAUCUUCUGCUGGACAGGGAUCAGUUAAUGGCUGUAAUGCGCCGCGGUGAAGCUUUUAGUGAAUUGAUCGAAAACGACAUCAAGUUUCCUCCGACUUAUAAAUAUGAAUUCGGCUCUCAAGAAUUUGAUUUCAAACGUCGGCCGUCUUGGACUGACAGAAUAUUGUACAAAGUUAAUACCGACGUCUAUGAAGGUAUCAGACUGAAGGCGAUUCAGUCGACUUACACAAGCCAUCCCAACUACGUGCAAUCCGACCACAAACCAGUUACCGGAGAGUUUGAAAUAACGGUAAGAACGGAUUACGAGGACCAAGGCGUCACGUUCUUACCAGUGACGGAGUGGUUUAUCGACGAAGAAAAUUCGGUGUCUUACAAACUAACCGGAAGCAUUGGAUCGUCGUGUGGGGACUGGAUCGGUCUUUUUAGAAACGGAUUUACAAGCCUCGACGAAUACAUUGUGUACGAGUAUGUUGCACGAGGCAGAAGUGACGUAGGCUCAGCACCGCCUGAGACGGACUCGAUAACUGAUCGGAUUUACUUUAGCUAUUCCGCGCUUCAAGCGCCUGGUAUGUAUCAGCUGGUUUACGUCAGGCAAAACGGAAGUACCGUUGGGAUUCUGGGUGUGAGUCCGCCGUUCCCUGGCUAUCGAAGGCUUCAAUCGAACACUUCAUGACUCGCAGUUUACAGGGGUGCAAACGCUGCACCAAGGUCUUUGCACUUUCCUGCAUUUCGGCACUUGAUUUAUCGUUUUUAAUCAAAGAGAUAUAGAGCUUACAGCAAAAGAUGUGAAAUACGUGAAUCGUUGAUGAAAACUAGAAUCGUUAUCGCUGCUUUUGAAUGGGUAAUAUCAGUGACUUUUAAUAACACUGUGCAAUUAGUUCCGAUUAGAUCAGGGUGUUGUCAUUUACGCGGAAAAAAAAUAAAUAAAAUAACAGCAAAUAGCACACAACAAUCUCAAUUAAUUAAUUAAUGUUGCUACUGGUGUUGUGCACGCGAUCAAAUUUGUUACAAUUUUUUAGAUAUAGUAAAUAUUCUUACAUGUCAGCUUUGGGCUUCGUACAUGACGUUUAGGAUAAUUUUUUAAUACAGGGUUAUCAGUAGUUAAAACAAAUUCCUCAACUAUCGGUAUUUGUAUCAUCGAUAAUAUUCUUUACAUCACACACGCGUUCUGGAAAUUUAGUAUUCUCGUCUUUAUUCUUCCUAUCCAGUUGUACUCGAUUUUAA